CUUUCGGUAGCUUGUUGGAGUUUGUAUAAUUUUUCUUUGCUGAUGUGUUUUAUUUCCUGUCUGUAGGCAUCAUGGGGAAGAACUUGUGGCGUGAGCUGAAGCAUCGCUACAACGUUACCGAGCUCGAGGUCCCCGAACCUCAAGAGGAGAGUGUUUCCCCCCUGAAUGUCAACUGAAAAAGAAAGAGGGGUGGGAAAGAGGUCGGGGGGACCUCUGCUCCUCGCGAAAUAGAGGAGGUUACUUCCAAGGCCGCUGAUGCUGACGCGGUGGAUCUGACUGGAGUCCGUCGCCCGACGAGGCUAUUAGGGUGGCUACCGAGGAGGUGGCGGCGACUACCGAGCCUACUGCUCAGCCUGUCGGGGUGUCCGUCCGAGCUGCUGAGCGAGUCGUCGAGACUACUGUGGCGGGGAGUGCCGCCGAGGUGGCGACUCAAGUUGCUGAGCAAGUCGCGCCCCCGUUGAGGAGGCGAGCAAGGCCGCCGAGGUCUUGGAGACUCCGAGGUUGGAAGUGCUUGAAGUGGACCCUCCUAUUGCUGAGCAGGGGGCGCCUGCUUCCACUUCUGUUGAGGCUCAUGGCGAGGGACUGAGCUCUGAGAUCCCGACGACGACGCCUGUCAUGUCUGCGCCUUCCUCUGGUCCAUCCCAGGGGGCUUCCCAAAGCCGAUACAUUGCCCACCGCUUCGGGCAAGACCGUUCGGACGUGAGGUUGGAUCAUGUUAGCGCCUCGGCUGACAUGGAUUCGUUGUGGAGCGCGGGGGUGAUCGCCGAGAAGUUCUUUCCCAAGGGUUCGGUGAGCUCGAAAGAUCAAGGGAUGAUCGAAGAGGCUGGGCCUGUGGAAGGUUUUGACGCAGCCCAGGUCCUUCUGUAGAGGACCAUGGCGAUUGUGGACCACUAGAAGCAUAGGUAGUCCAAACAACAGGAGGAUCUAGUUAGAUUGAGGAGCCGGAUCCAGCCUUUGAGGGAGGAGAACAAGGCUCUGAAGGCGGAGAACCAGGUCCUGAGUGCUGCUCUUGGCGAGGCGAAGAUGCAGGGGGCCGAGCUUCAGGCAACGAAAGGCGAUCUCGCCAGGGUUCAGAAGUCGCUGGAGAUCGCCUUGCGCUCCAAUGAGAAUUAUGCUUCCUAGGUGAGUGAGCUGCAGGGGCUCGUUGCCUCGUCCCGAGGUCGGAUGCAAUCUUUGGAAGACGAGGUGACGUCUUCCCGAGGCCAGGUUCGCUCUUUGGAAGAUGAAGUGACGUUUCUGAAGAGCGAGCUGGUGACGGCGACUGAGGAGCGUCUCCGUGAUGAGGUCGUUCUUGGUAGCAGGGAAGAGGAGAUUGCUGCCCAGAAAGUAGACCUUUCGAAGCUGGAGGUAGAGAAGGCGGCGCUGGAGAGGAGACUUGAGGAGGUUGAGCGUUCCAUUGUGGUGGAGCAUAAGAGGGAUUUCCUCAAGGCUGCUCGCCAAGCCAGGCUCCUUGCGCCCGGAUUCGACUUCUCCGCCAUGCAUGUGGAGAAGGUAAUCCGCUUCGGGAAGCUGGUCAAGGAGGAUGAUGUUGAGGAUAGCUCUAGCGAGAAUGCCUCUGUGUAGGCUAAAUAUUUGUAAUAGCCUAGUUUAAUUUUUUCCUGCUUUACUUUUCUUGUUGAAUUCAAGUGUGGAACUUUUAGAAACGUUGUUGUAUAUAUGUGUAUUUUUUGCCUA